AUGGCGUCUCUGAGGCACCGCCGCGGCAUCGGAGCGGCCAAGGGCUACGACGAUUACAUCCAUGACAACGGCAGCGGGACAGCACCUGACACCGACACCGCCACGGAUCCGGAGGAGGACGAUGACGAGGAGGAAGAAGAAGAGGAGGAGGAGGAGGACGGCCGCCGCCUGCACCUGGGACUCCAAUCCAUGACUGCAAAGGGCAUACAACACCUGUGCUCUGAGCUCCUCGAAAUCAAGAAGGCCUCCGAGCAAGACUUCAGCGCUAAUGUUUAUCUCUGCUACCUCUCCUUCAUUAGGAUGUUCCAAGAAGCUGGUGAUCUGGACAAGGACGUUCAUCACCUGAAGCGUCAGGUCGUGGCACACAGGCGGCUGGUCCAGCAUCUCAGCACCAACUGCCUGUACUCAUCGUCGUCGUCAUCGAUGGUGCUACCUAGUUCCGGUUCCGAGGAGGAGGAGGCCGCCAACAUGGACGGAAUCCUCCUCCCAGACCAUCAAGGCGAACGCGACGAGGACCUGGAACUGGACGUGCUUCUGUCCGAGCACCGGAUGGACGAGGCCCUCCAGCUCCUGGAGCUGCAAGGCCAAGCGCUGCAGACGAUGCAGCAGCAGGCCGCUGGCGCCGACGACGCCGCCGAAGCGAUCGCGUUCGCGUCGAGCGUGCGCGCGCUGUCCGCCAGGAAGGCGAGGGUCGCCGGCCGCCUGGUCUCCGUGGCGGAGAACCCGCGGACGCCGCGGCCCGAGCUCCUCAGGGCGCUCUCCGGCCUCUGCAGGCUCGGCGACGCGGAGCGGGCGAACCACCUGCUCUUCGAGCUGCACCGCGCGAGCGUCGCCCGCGGCGUGGAGGAGCUGCGCGCGUCGCGAGGUCACCACCACAACAGCGGUGGCGGCGGCGGCAACUACAUCAAGGACCUGGCGCGCGUGGUCUUCUCCUCCAUCGUGCGGACGUCGAGGAGCUUCGUGGCACUGCACGGGCACCCGUCUCCCUACACCCCUCGGCUCGUCCGGUGGGCGAGGGAGGAGAUGGAGGACCUGAGCGCCGCCUUCUCCGAGUACGUGAGGUCCAUGUCGUCGCCCGCUACUGCCGCCCAUAGCUUGGCUCUGGCGCUGGAGGCUGCCGAGUGCGCGGUCUCCUACUUCCCCCUGCUUAGGGCCGUCGACGUCGUCGCCUCCGAGCGAGACGUGGUUGGCCUCGUCGUGCCCUGCGUCCGAGACGCCGUCGCCAUGUAUGGCAGGCAUCUCAGGGAGGUGGUCCGGCUGUUGGUGGCUUCCGACGCCUGGGUGCUCGGCAGGUUCCUCAUGCCACCUGGAGUCGUGCAGGGUGCUGCUGGAGCACCGCAGGCUGAGUACUGCCUGCUCACAACCAACGGAAGGAAAUUUGUCACCCUUAUACAGGAGGUUGUGGAAGACGUAGCGUGGCCGUUGCACAGUCUUGGGAUUGGGACUAACGAUUCAGUAGGCUUGCAGCUUGUGGCGGAGCUGUUCAGGGAGUACAUGCACUCCAUCGUGGAGCUCAUCCCCAGAAAGGAAGCAGCUGCUCUCCAGCUCCAAGACGAAGCGACCGGCGACGAGCGGUACACGUGGCAGCUCGCCGUGCUAAUCAACUGCACGACGUUGGUGUCCCUGUUUCCGGUCAUGGCGUCCGGCGUCUUCAGGAUACCAUCACCACCGACGUCGGAUUUUCCGGCGUCAGCGCAAAGGGAAGUCGACAGCCUCAUCUCGCUGGUCAAGGAAGCGGGCGGGCAGGUGUGGAGCUGCUUCUGCCAGCAGUUCAUACGAGACACCAUGUCGUCGUCAGCGCAGGGCCGCCGCUUCGGAAGCAGAACACCGCCGCCGCAGGCGCAGGGCGCGAUGACGCCUUCCGUGGCUUUCCAGGUGGUGUUCCUCCGGGUGAGGCGUCUGAGCGAGGUGUACGGCACCAUCUUGAGCGGCGAGGACGGGACCAUGAAGAAGCUGCUGCGGGAGCUGAUGGAGGCGAUGAUCUUCUGGCUCUCCAACAACCUGGACUCGUGGGCCGCCAUGGCGCCACCCAGCAUCAGGAGCGGCGCGAUGGACUUGCUUAUCAAAGCACAAGAGAAGGUGGCGGGUGGCGAACUGGAUGGCGUCGAUGAGGUCGGCGGCGGCGGCUGGGCUGCCGAUGCUGCAAAACACGCCGUGCAGGUGCUGCUAGCAAUGGGGGAUGGAGACGUGGCAGCGGCGGACGCUGGGGAGGAAUCCGAUGAGAUGGCAAGGAGGAACAGCAGUGACGAAGAAGCAGGCCAAGAGGAAGCACCCGAGGAUGAGGAUGAGGACGAGGACGAGGAUGAGACAGGGGCUACCAACAAGUCCAGCGACGAGUUCAUAAGCCUGGAGGACGAGGAGGACGAAGAUGACGGCGUAAGAAUGCCUCCUCCUGCAGCUUUGUCAUCAGAGAUUCAAAAGCCCGGGUAUUCAGAAAUGGGCGAUGGAGAAGAGAGGACGAAUAUUCGAUCAGGCCAUCAUCCCGAGCUUGAGCAGGGCGGAGGUGACGGCAAUGUUCCACCCCAUUUCCAUCAUCAAGGGAUCGAGAUGAACAACUCCACCUCGCCGGCGGUGGACUGGGGUGACGACUCGGCGGGGGAGAUGGACUCUGAGGACGCAGCGCCUUCCUCCUCCGUGGGCAUGGGCGUCGGCAUCGCCAUCAGCAGCAUGAUGGAGGUCGACACCGACGGCCGCCACCCCCCGUCCGCCCCCGACGCCGACUUCUUCAACGCCUUCCCCGACGACUUCGACGACCAAGACCUCGACUGA